CAGCCACUGUGGAAACAACAGCUCUUACCUGCUCUGCUUGGUACUUACAGUAAAAGGGUGAAGGAUGUUCAACAUGCUGUAUGAAUGGUUCUGGUGGGACAGAAUCUGGCUGCCGGUGAAUCUGACGUGGUCUGACCUGGAGGACAAGGAGGGCCGCAUCUAUGCUAAAGCGUCACAUCUCUAUGUCACUGUCCCCUAUGCCUUUGCCUUCUUACUCAUCAGAUACCUGUUUGAAAGCUGGAUAGCAACACCACUCGCAGUCUCUGCUGGGAUCAAGCAAAGAAUCCAUCUGAAAGCAGACAGCAAUCCCAUCUUAGAACUGUACUACACUGCUCAGUGCAGACAUCCUGCUCAGGCAGACAUUGAUGGGCUCUCAAAGAAAAGUAGUUUGUCAGUGAGACAAGUUGAGCGCUGGUUCAGAAAAAGACGCAAUCAGGACCGUCCUGGAGUUCUGAAGAAGUUCCGAGAGGCCAGCUGGAGGUUUAUCUUCUACCUGUUGGCGUUCAUUGGAGGAGUAGCAGCACUUUACGAUAAAGAGUGGUUUUAUGACACGCAGGAAAUAUGGACUGACUUUCCAAAGCAGUCUAUGCUGGAGUCUCAGUACUGGUACUAUAUCUUAGAGAUGAGCUUCUAUGGCUCUCUUCUUUUCAGUGUUGCCUUUGAUGUCAAGAGAAAGGACUUUAAGGAGCAAAUCAUCCACCACUUGGCCACCCUGGUCCUCCUGUCAUUUUCGUGGUGUGUCAACUACAUUCGUAUAGGAACACUAGUCAUGCUUGUCCAUGAUGCCUCCGAUGUUUUACUUGAGUCUGCCAAAUUGUUCAACUAUGCAAAAUGGGAGAAAACCUGCAAGACUCUCUUUGUUCUGUUUGCCAUAGUCUUUCUGGUUACACGACUGAUCAUCUUCCCGUUUUGGCUGAUCCACUGUACCUGGGUCUACCCCGUUCACCACUAUCCCCCCUUCUUUGGCUACUACUUCUUCAAUAUGAUGUUGGUGGUCCUCCUCUGUCUGCACAUAUUCUGGGCCUACCUCAUUCUCUGCAUGAUCAGGAAAUUCGUGUUUGGCACUCUUACCAGAGAUGAGAGAAGUGACAAUGAAGAGGAGGAGGAAGACAAUGAGAGCAGCCUGACAGAGGAUGAAGGAGAAGGACGACACAAACUUGGCAAUGGAUUGGCAUUUGAUGAGAAGGAGGACCAGAAUGGCUGCCUUGGAUGCUUGUCCCCACCAGAGCACAUCUGCCAACCAAAGACUGAAUCACGCUCAGUAUGAUCAGUAAAGCUGAAGAUGUGAGAAAUAGGACAGUUGCUAAAUACAUUUCAUCCAAUAUGAACUGAAAAAAUAUGUAAAUUGUGUGAUUUAUUCCGUCAGAUGCUUGACUUUGCCAUGCUUGACUUUGCCAUGCCAAAAUAAAUGUUACUGUUCUCACUUUGAACUGCAGACACAGAGGGAUUGUCUCUGUUACUCCUCACAAUGUAGUCAGUAGCAGCACUUCCCUCUACAGCCCUGCAGGGUAAAGGAGUGCAGUGAACCAACAAGCACAUAACAACACAAGCCCCACUGUCUGCUCAUCAUCACAUCUAAUUUGUUCCAUAUUGUCUGUGAAGUGCAGAGCUGGUGUACUGUGGAACAUCCAUCCAGCUGCUUCAGCUCACUGUUUCAUCCAUCAAGUCCUGCUGGCUUUUAUUUCAGCCCUGGCUUUUAUACCACUUGCUUGUUUAUGGUCACAGGGAAUUUAAUGUGAUCCAGUAACACCAAAGACAUCUCCAGAUGAUUAGGGGCUGCGUGGGGUUAGACAGGUGGGGAUUGGGGUGGGGCUUUUAUAUUACCAUGCUCACAUUUGUGUACUAUGGUCAAGUGUAAAAAAGUCUAUAUUUAGCACUACACUGUCUGUCAGUGGGCUUCCA